GCCUACUUUGCAGGCCUUCUGGGCUUAGGAACCUUUCUUUCCGGCAAUGAGGGAAGCUUUUCCAUAGUACCUUCCGGUGUCGUCUUUUUCCCGUAUUACAUUGCGAACUUUCUUUUCUCCUUCCGGUUCCAGGCGCUUGGCUGCCGCGGCUUACGGUGCAGAUAUGGCCAAGUCCAAGAACCACACCACGCACAACCAGUCUCGGAAAUGGCACAGAAAUGGCAUCAAGAAACCUCGAUCGCAAAGAUACGAAUCUCUGAAGGGGGUAGAUCCCAAGUUCCUGAGGAAUAUGCGUUUUGCCAAGAAGCACAACAAGAAGGGCUUCAAGAAGAUGCAGGCAAACAAUGCCAAGGCCAUGAGUGCACGCGCUGAGGCAAUAAAGGCCCUCCUCAAGCCCAAGGAGGUCAAGCCCAAGUACCAGAAGGGUGCGAAUCGCAAGCUCACUCGACUUGCUCUUAUCGCUCACCCCAAGCUUGGGAAGCGUAUUCGUGCUUACAUGGCCAAGGGUCGCAGGCUUUGCCGACCAAAGGUGCAGGCUCUAGCCGAGGCCCAGCCUCCAACCAAGGCCCAGGCCUCAACCAAGGCCAAGAUUCUAGCCAAGGCCCAGGCUCUAGCCAAGGCUCAGGCUCCAACCAAGGCCAAGGCUCAGGCUUCAACCAAGGCCAAGGCUCAGGCCCCAACCAAGGCCAAGGCUCAGGCCCCAACCAAGGCCAAGGCUCAGGCCCCAGCCAAGGCCAAGGCUCAGGCCCCAACCAAGGCCAAGGCCCCAGCCAAGGCCCAGGCUCCAUCCAAGGUCCAGGCGCAGGUUGCUGCUCCAACUUCUGUUCCAGCUCAGGCUCCCAAAGGUGCCCAGGCCCCUGUGAAGGCUCCACAGUGAAGGCCUGUUUCUGCCAAUGUGAGGACAGAAGGACUGGUGUGACCUGGGCUGCCAUCUAUUGGGGGGGCUGGUGUCCUCCUGUGUUAUUCAUACAAAUAAAUCCAAGACAGGAUUUGUUA